CACUUCCACCACUGUAAUGGUUGAAACAUCUACCUCAACAUCACAGCCCACAGCAACAGGUGAAGAAACAACAGGGCCAGUUGUCAUAACUUCCAAUCCCACUACUUUAACAACAACUACAAAUGUACCCACAACAACUACACCUACCACAGGUGGAACAACAACAAUUGAAGAAACCACAACUGAGACAAGUCCAUCUACCUCCACAAAGCCACCUAAAGAAGUCACCACUGGCCCAACAACAACUUCCACCACUGUAAUUGUUGAAACCUCUACCUCAACAUCACAGCCCACAGCAACAGGUGAAGAAACAACAGGGCCAGUUGUCAUAACUUCCAAUCACACUACUUUAACAACAACUACAAAUGUACCCACAACAACUACACCUACCACAGGUGGAACAACAACAAUUGAAGAAACCACAACUGAGACAAUUUCAUCUACAUCCACAAAGCCACCGAAAGAAGUCACCACCGGCCCAACAACCACUUCCACCACUGUAAAUGUUGAAACAUCUACCUCAACAUCACAGCCCACAGCAACAGGUGGAGAAACAACAGGGCCAGUUGUCAUAACUUCCAAUCCCACUACUUUAACAGCAACUACAAUUUCACCCACAACAACUACACCUACCACAGGUGGAACAACAACAAUUGAAGAAACCACAACUGAGACAAGUCCAUCUACCUCCACAAAGCCACCUAAAGAAGUCACCACCGGCCCAACAACCACUUCCACCACUGUAAUUGUUGAAACAUCUACCUCAACAUCUCAGCCCACAGCAACAGGUGAAGAAACAACAGGGCCAGUUGUCAUAACUUCCAAUCCCACUACUUUAACAACAACUACAAUUUCACCCACAACAACUACACCUACCACAGGUGGAACAACAACAGUUGAAGAAACCACAACUGAGACAAGUCCAUCCACCUCCACAAAGCCACCGAAAGAAGUUACCACCGGUCCAACAACCACUUCCACCACUGUAAUUGUUGAAACCUCUACCUCAACAUCACAGCCCACAGCAACAGGUGAAGAAACAACAGGGCCAGUUGUCAUAACUUCCAAUCCCACUACUUUAACAACAACUACAAAUGUACCCACAACAACUACACCUACCACAGGUGGAACAACAACAAUUGAAGAAACCACAACUGAGACAAUUUCAUCUGCAUCCACAAAGCCACCGAAAGAAGUCACCACCGGCCCAACAACCACUUCCACCACUGUAAAUGUUGAAACAUCUACCUCAACAUCUCAGCCCACAACAACAGGUGAAGAAACAACAGGGCCAGUUGUCAUAACUUCGAAUCCCACAACUUUAACAACAACUACAAUUUCACCCACAACAACUACACCUACCACAGGUGGAACAACAACAGUUGAAGAAACCACAACUGAGACAAGUCCUUCCACCUCCACAAAGCCACCGAAAGAAGUUACCACUGGUCCAACAACCACUUCCACCACUGUAAUUGUUGAAACAUCUACCUCAACAUCUCAGCCCACAACAACAGGUGUAGAAACAACAGGGCCAGUUGUCAUAACUUCGAAUCCCACAACUUUAACAACAACUACAAUUUCACCCACAACAACUACACCUACCACAGGUGGAACAACAACAAUUGAAGCAACCACAACUGAGACAAUUCCAUCUACAUCCACAAAGCCACCGAAAGAAGUCACCACUGGUCAAACAACCACUUCCACCACUGUAAUUGUUGAAACAUCUACCUCAACAUCACAGCCCACAUCAACAGGUGGAGAAACAACAGGGCCAGUUGUCAUAACUUCCAAUCCCACUACUUUAACAACAACUACAAAUGUACCCACAACAACUACACCUACCACAGGUGGAACAAUAACAGUUGAAGAAACCACAACUGAGACAAGUCCAUCUACCUCCACAAAGCCACCGAAAGAAGUCACCACUGGUCAAACAACCACUUCCACCACUGUAAUUGUUGAAACAUCUACCUCAACAUCACAGCCCACAGCAACAGGUGAAGAAACAACAGGGCCAGUUGUCAUAACUUCCAAUCCCACUACUUUAACAACAACUACAAAUGUACCCACAACAACUACACCUACCACAGGUGGAACAACAACAAUUGAAGAAACCACAACUGAGACAUUCCAUCUGCAUCCACAAAGCCACCGAAAGAAGUCACCACCGGCCCAACAACAACUUCCACCACUGUAAAUGUUGAAACAUCUACCUCAACAUCUCAGCCCACAACAACAGGUGUAGAAACAACAGGGCCAGUUGUCAUAACUUCGAAUCCC